ACCACAUGCUGCUACAGUCCACGCGCUCAUCACAUCUGCCUGUCACCGUCGUCGCAUUACUGGGCCGCCACGCUCACCUAUACAACGUGGUCCACUAGUUAGACAUCACUUCAGAUUUCUUCGGUGGAACUUUUUCUGUCCCUGCAGACUGCCAGCAUGGUUCGCUUGGCAUUGAUGUUUGCUGUGGUCAUUGCUGAAUACGUUCAUGGAGUGCCUCCAUUACGCCCUCUGCCUAUGAAAGACGGCUGCUACCUGGUGUCUCCAGAGGUGGAGAUAUUCAGAAUGGAAGGCGAAGCCAUAAUCCUCUCCUUUCCGAUGUUCAAGAGAGUGCUCAAAGUACGCAACAUCGCCCCCCCAACAGCAAGGUACCUCAUCACCAAGGACAAUAGAACAGACGGUGUGUCCUAUGAGGGCGACGGGCGUGUCCAGCAGCGUAACAAACAGCUGUGGUUCCUUCCGGCUCAGGCUUCAGACUCAGGAGAAUAUAUCUGCACUUACAGAAAUGAAACCUACUGUAUAACUGGGAGUAUCACGCUGCAUGUGUACGAGUCCAGUUCAGUGGACAUGGAGAAACUGCCCUAUCCAAUGUCAGCCAAAGUGGGAGAGAAGCUGACACUGAGGUGUCCCUCUCUAGAUGGCUUCAACAAGACAGACAGACUGAUAGAGUGGUACAAGGACUCCAGCUCCACUGCCCUUCAGCCGGGCGCAGCGGGCUCCUUCCGCGGGGACAGCGGCAAGCUAACGAUCUCGGCCGUGAAGCGGACCAACGCGGGCGUCUACACCUGCCAGCUCAGAGUGCUCAUCAACAACCAGCGGUACAACGUCAGCAGGGUCAUCCUGCUCAGCGUGCAAGGUCCAGACCCUGCAGUCCUUACCACUGUGCCUGAUCCCUCCAUGACUUCUAACCCAGAGCUAACGAGCAGCAGCAGCAGCAACAACACUGUUCACACUCCAAUAAUUCGACCACCUGUGAUCAUUUCACCAAUGAAUGGAACCACUUUUGAGGGCCCGCAUGGUUCAGGACUGGAGCUGUCUUGCAUGGUACUCACUGAAUGUCAAACGGCAGAUUCCACUGUGGUCACAUGGCUGGUCAAUGGCCAGUCAGUGGAGUCAUCAUAUCUUGAUGGACGGGCUCUGCAGGGGGGAAGGAGGUUAACCAAGGUGUCCGAAGGCUGCCAGAUUGAACUGAGGCUAGCUGUUGUAGCGAUGACAGAAGAAGAUGUGAAGACAGAGCUGAAGUGUGCCGCUCAGAACCAGGGAGGAAGGCGGGAAGUUGUCACACAGCUUCAAACAGAGGACUCCACAUUUACAUGGCUGGUGGUAGCUGUGGUGGCCGCAUCCUACUUCCUGACAGUAGUUUCUAUCUUCCUCCAUGUCCUCUUCAAACCUAAAAGGAAAAGGAAAAUGGAUUACAUUCUGGCUCGACAGAACAGCACCUUCUAGCUCUGCUGGUGAACGUAUUCCCUCCACAAACAAAGACCUUCUUUAAAGUGUUUGCUGUUACGUCAAAUUAGUCUUUCUUACACUGUGUUUAUGUGGUGUUGUGCAGUGGCACCACCACAUUGUGUUUCUGAUAAACUCUCCUAUUACAGGGAUUCAGUGUUUUUAAAUCACUAGUAGUUACCCACUGUCCUUCAUUUGUUCAUCUUCAACUGAGAAUUACACAAGGAAUCUUGGUCAUUUUUCAGUGAUAGUGUACUCGUGGAAAUGACAUGCAUUUGGUUUAUUUGUGCAGUUGCAGCCCUUGCACAAGUUAUUUUUUCAUGAAUCUAUCUCGCA